AUAAACCAUUACAUAGCUUUACAGACUAUCUAAGUAAUUUCCAGACUAAGGCUGGAGCCCAUGCAAUGGAGUAUAUUACUCUCACUAUUUCCUCUCCAUGAUUUCAACACCAUUCAUUCAAUCUCCACCACCUUUUGCCUUCACUAUGAUCAUCAGGAGAAGCACAGUAACCAUUAAUCUUCUCGUGAUCCUUCUCGGCGUUGUCCCGAUAUGUGUAAGGACUCAACAUUGUGGCUGUGAAGCACACUUGUGUUGCAGUGAAUUCGGCUACUGUGGCACUGGAUUUGCCUAUUGUGGCGCUGGGUGCCAGGGGGGGCCAUGUUAUAAUGGAACAACGCCGACUUACGCUACUACGCCGACUCUACCACCUCCGCCGCCGCCAUCUCUUUGUCAUUGUCCGGAAGACCUGUGCUGCAGCCAGUAUGGUUACUGUGGUUCUGGUGAGGAUUAUUGUGGCAUUGGGUGUCUUGACGGUCCCUGUUACGCGCCACCGAGCCCUAACAAUGUUUCUAUUGAGGAUAUUGUGACAAAGGGAUUUUUUUAUUAUAUAGCUGACCAGGCAGGAUCAGGGUGUCCUGGGAAGGAGUUUUAUACAAGAGAUGCUUUUCUAAAUGCUACUGAUGUCUACUAUUUGUUCGGUAGAGUUGGUUCUGAAGAUGAUUCUAAACGUCAAAUUGCAGCUGCUUUUGCUCAUUUCACUCAAGAAACUGGACAUUUUUGUUACAUAGAAGAGUUAAAUGGUGUUGCUAAGGAUUACUGUGAUGAAACAAAUGCCGUGUACCCAUGUGUACCCGGCAAGCUCUACUAUGGCCGCGGACCGAUUCAACUUUCAUGGAAUUAUAACUACGGACCUGCCGGAAACAAUGUCGGAAUCGAUGGCUUAACCUAUCCUGAAAUUGUUGCCACUGACCCUCUUGUUUCUUUCAAAACAGCCUGUUGGUUUUGGAUCAACCGUGCACAAUCUUACUUACAGCAAGGAUUUGGUGCAACAAUUCGAGCUGUUAAUCCUGCAGAAUGUGAUGGAGGAAACCCUGGAAAUGUUCAAGCUCGUGUUGACUUUUACCUUGAUUAUUGCCAAAAAUUUGGUGUAGAUCCUGGAGAAAAUCUCUAUUGCUAGCGUGUUGAUUUUCCUGUUUAAUUAAUAAUGUCUCUUGUUAUGCAAGAGACUUUGAUUCAGAAAUGCCUCUAAAUUGAGCUGGGAAAAGGGUUAACCUCGUUGUGUAAACCAGUCGAUAUAUAUUAAUGAAUAAAGAGGAAAAUAAAUA